AUGAUACGUCGUUUAAGAGGAGGUAAAGCAAAAACUGAAAAUUUACCAAUUUUAGAUAAACAUGGAGAACUUCUAACUAAUCCAAAACAAAGUUUAACUCGCUGGAAAGAGUAUUUCAAUGAUCUCCUGAAUGUACCAUCUCAUGUAGAUCCAAUAACAAUUCAACAAAUCCAUGCAGUUACAAUAACUACAACGGAACAACGACGACAAGAGCAAACACCAUCUCUGGGGGAAGUCCAACGCGCAAUAAAACAAAUGAAAAAUGGAAAAGCGCCUGGCAAUGAUGAAAUCUCUGCUGAUCUUAUAAAAGCUGGUGGUCUACCAAUGGCAAAAUGGUUGCAUGAGAUUUUCGUGGACAUAUGGGAAAAUGAAACAAUAAUUGAAGAUUGGUCAACAGCAAUCCUGAUUCGUCUCUAUAAAAAUAAAGGCGAUAAGAAGUUUUAUAUUAAACGUGUUACUGAAUGUGAAAAUUGCAGGUCAUCACACACUUCAGAUGAGCCUCAAAAUAUCCUUGAAUGUCCUGUACCAGAAAACAAUGGUGAACUAUCGGAUUGUUUAAAUAUUUAUUUCAAAGAAGAGUAUUUAACGGGUAAUACUGCAUAUGACUGUCAUUCAUGUCAAUCUAAACAGAAUGCCAAAACUAAAAUGGGAAUUAACUCAUUAUCAAAAGUUUUAUUAAUUUCACUCAAACGAUUUAAAGCAAAUGAUCUGGAAAAAUCACAGUUUGCUGUUAAAUAUCCAGAAAAAUUAUGUAUUAAGCAAUGGUUAAGUGAAGAUUAUUCGUUUGACAUCACUGAAGAAAAGGAAAUUUAUCAACUUUUUGCCAUUGUUGUUCAUGAUAGCAAUAAAAUGACAACUGAAAAACUAUUAAAUGAUUUGGAAAAGCAAGUUCAAUUUCGGUUUUGUGAAAAUGUAUAUCCUGAACAAAGACGUUUUUCAAAAGCUGAUGCGUUUGGGAAAUUGGGUUCAAAUGAGCGUCUUUGGAUUAAAGGCGAAUUAAGUACAAUAGAUCAAACCAGUUAUCCCAAGUUAAAAUUGGGCAUUCCUCCUAAAUAUCACAAUAAUUCUUGGUCACUGGAAGUGCAUACUGUUACGGAAAACAAUGGAACUAACGGAAUACAUUAUUUACAGUUGGAAAAAAAGAUUUUAAGAGAUCAAAGUGGUCAAAAAGAUCCAUUAAUCAAUUCAACUGAAAUCAAGAUAAAACAAGCAGAUUUAGAAAAUGGUUCUUUUACGUAA